AUUCAGUAUUAUUUUCUCUUCAGACCCGUGUGGAUGAAGACCAGAGAAAAAACAGCGGACAAUAAAUCAACAAAAAUGUUUUGAGUUAUUUGCUCUUUCAAUGAAAGGCUACGAGAAAAUCUUUGCACUACCGUAACGCAGACGUCCAUUUAACGCAACUAAGGCAAGAGAUAAACCUAGAACUAUUUACGUGAAGAAAUGCAUAUCCAUCCGAGUUCUCCCAAUUCAGAUUUGUCAUUUCAUUCAGAAGAAAGUGCAGCUAUAAGAAUUCAAGCAGGGUUUCGAGGAUACAGAGUGCGAAAACAGCUGAGCUGCGAGAAAAAAAGUCGAAAUUCACAAAACACGGUACAUCGGCGACAGUGGCGCGAUCGACCAACAAUGUCACAUCCGCAGAGUUCCAUUGAAUCUGGAAUAACCUCAGCAUCAACUAAAAUUUGCGAUAAUAGGAUGACUAGGGAAGCCGAAAGUGUGGAAGACCGAUGCGCUACAAAGAUUCAAGCAAGUGUUCGAGGUUUCCUGGUCAGGAAGAAACAGAAGAAGACCACGGAAGCAGCUACCAAAAUUCAAGCAGGAUUUCGAGGUUUUAAGGCACGCAAAGAAUCACAAAUGCUAAGGGAGCAAUAAAUAACAUACCAGUAGUAUAUAGCUGUUCUCAUCUUGAUGUUUCCAAUUAAAAGAUCCAUAUGUAUCCGAAUUUAAAUGUCGUAGUUGAAAUUGAAUACAUAUUCAUAAUAGCACAAUGCACAAACCAAAAACGAAAAACUAAGUGCGCAAUUGCUUAUUAAUAAUAGAGGCGUUUUAGUGAUAUUCGGGAAAGAAAAUUGUAAUAAAGUAAAAUAUGUCUUGACAGCAUUGCCAGAUUGUGUUUUAUGUAUAUAGUACAAUUGAUAAGGAAAAAUAAUACGAGUAUACAUAUUUACUAAAUGUAGUGCCCUAAAAUAAUAACAAUAAAAUAAGAUCCAACAAAUAAAAUAUGCAA